UUUAUAUUUACUAUGACUUCAAAGAAGAAGAAAUUAAUUUGAUCCCUAAACAGCCAUGGUUAUUCCUGGUUUUCUAACUACAAUCCUUCUCCUUUCUUCUUUUAGUUCCUCUUCAGCUCAGCUGAAUCGCCAAAACAUAACGUUGGGAUCCUUCCUCACCCCCACCAGUACUCGUAAUUCCACUUGGCUAUCCCCUUCAGGCCUCUACGCAUUUGGGUUUUACAAGCAAGGCAACGGCUUCUACGUCGGAAUAUUCCUUGCCGGAAUCCCCGAGAAAACAGUUGUAUGGACUGCAAAUCGAGACAAUCCUCCCUUAUCCAACAAAGUCACUCUGCUCUACGCUACUAACGGACGGCUGAUAUUGCAGCAACCUAGUGGCGAAACUACCCCACUGAUCAUGGAUACUUCUUCUUCUUCUUCAGCCUCUGCCUUGAUGCUCGAUUCAGGUAACUUUGUUCUCUACAAUUCAAAUGGAGAACCCAUCUGGCAGAGCUUUGAGAAUCCAACAGAUACCAUCUUGGCAACUCAAAACCUUUCCAACAACAAAGAACUCGUCUCUGCAGAGUCGACCACAAAUCCAGCCAGUGGGAGUUUUCGAUUGAAGAUGCAGACCGAUGGGAAUCUUGUUCAGUACCCCGUCCAAACGCCGGACACCCCCCCAUAUUCUUACUUUUCAUCUUUCACUCAUGGAAAAGGAGCGAGCGUGACUCUCAACCUUGAAAAGAACGGUCAUCUCUAUUUGUUCAAUUCUACCAUCAUUCUAAGAAAUUACUCUCAAGGCUCUGAAGAUGAUCAUGAUCAAAUUUACUUGAUGAGAAUUGACCCAGAUGGUAUUUUUAGGGUUUAUUCUCAUGUUUCAAAUUGGUCUGUUGUUUGGUCAUCAAACACGGAUCUUUGCACGCCAAAGGGUCGUUGUGGCUUAAAUGGAUACUGCGAAUUGAUCGAUGAUCAAGCUGAUUGUCGUUGUCUUCCUGGUUUUGAUUUUGUUAAGGCUGGAGACUGGAGCUCGGGCUGCGAGAGGGAUUUCAAUGUUGAGAGAUGCAAAAGUGAGAAAGAUGUGUCUACAAUGAGUAGCCUAGCGAACACGACUUGGGAAGAGAAUUCGAAUUGGGUUAUGUCACAAAUAACCCAACAAGCUUGUGAACAAGUUUGUUUAGAUGAUUGUGAUUGUCAAGUGGCACUAUACAAUGACGGAGUUUGUAGGAAGCAAAGGCUUCCUUUGCGAUAUGGAAGGAGGCAAAUGGGAGAUUCAAAUAUGGCUUUAGUCAAGACUCAAACGAGAACAGGCCAUGGAAAUACUGAAAUUGUUCCUCCUAAACAAGAAACAGGAUCUUCAAGGGUUGUUAUGUUGAGCAUUGGCUUAUCUCUUUUUGUCCUAGUUUGUAUUUUCUUGAUUGCAUCAUGUUUUCUCUUCUAUAGAAGUUGGUUGAGUGGUUACAGAAAGCUCCCCGCAUACAUGAACAAUCGGUCUCUAGACUACAUCCUCUCCCUGCAUGAGAAAAGACCGAGUUGGGAUGUAAGAAUCAGGAUUGUGCUCGACAUUGUCAAGGGAAUUCUUGAUUUGUAUGAAGAGUGUGAAAAUGAUCAAGUAAUCCAUGGCGAUAUAAGUCCUAAGAUUAUAAUGAUGGAAGAGUAUAGGGUGAUUAAAAUAAGAGAUUUUGGAAUGGCAAAUGUUCUUAAGCAUGACAAAACGAAAACCUGCCUCACAGUGGGUGCAACCAGAGGAUACAUGGAUCCAGAAAGGUUCAUGACUAGUAUGCCCACUGUCAAAUCAGACGUGUACAGCUUUGGGAUCGUUCUUUUGGAGAUCAUAACUUGGCGUCGAUGGCUGAAUUGGAGCCUACCGAAAGAAGAAGUUGUUCUAGUGAAAUGGGUUUGGUCGUGCUUCGAGUUGGGUGAGUUGCAAAAGCUAGUUGGAGAUGUGGAUUUUGACAUGAAGAUGCUGGAAAAGAUGGUGAAAGUAGCAAUUUGGUGUAUACAAGAAGAGCCAUCACUUAGGCCUACUAUGAAGGAGGUUCUUCUUAUGUUGGAAGGGACUGUGGAUAUUCCUGUGCCUUCCAGCCCAACUUCCUUGUGCAGAAACAUUUAGCUCAUUCAUACAAACUUAUAUUUAGUUUUUUUCAAUAAUCUGAUAAUUUUUUUUUGGAUACAAAUUAAUCAUAAUAUACCCAUAAUAUGUUCUCUUCUUUUAGAAGAGACUAAAGAGA